AUGUUCGACAUACUAAGGGAUUACAGGAUGAAGUUGAAUCCCCAAAAGUGCGUAUUCGGGGUUGAAUCUGGCAAGUUCCUGGGCUUCAUUGUCAAUCACAGGGGAAUCGAAGCUAACCCUGCAAAGAUCAAGGCCUUAAUUGAAAUGAGGUCACCUAGGAAUGUAAAAGAGGUGCAAUGCCUUACAGGCCGAAUUCCCGCCCUAAACCGGUUCAUCUCGAAGUCCUCAGAUAAAUGUAGAGAAUUCUUUGCAGCCAUAAAAAAGGGGCAAAAAUUUGAAUGGACGACAGAAUGCGAGGCUGCCUUCCUGAAGCUGAAGGAGCAACUUGGAAGCCCGCCACUGUUGGCAAAACCAACGAAGGGUGAAGCUUUAAUCCUUUACCUAGGGGUUUCUGAGUUCUCAAUUAGCGCUGUCCUGAUCAAGGAGGAAGAGCAAACCCAGCAGCCGGUGUAUUAUGUGAGCAAAAGGUUACUUGAUGCUGAAACCCGUUACUCAAACAUGGAGAAGUUGGCCUAUGCACUAAUUUUGGUUUCCCGUAAACUAAGGCCCUACUUCCAGGCUCACAAGAUUGAAGUGCGAACAUCCUUCCCUCUCAGACAAGUUUUACACAGGCCGGAAGCCUCUGGCAGAAUUAUGAAAUGGGCGGUUGAGCUAGGCCAAUUCGAUAUAGAGUACAAGCCAAGGACCUCCAUUAAGGGGCAAGCACUAGCCGACUUCAUCCUAGAGUUUUCACCCACUUUCGAAGUUGAAGGGAUGGAAUGUGUACCAGAACCUCAGUCUCCAAUAGCCAUACCCGAGAAUUGUUCCCCUUGGUGGAACUUGUACGUCGAUGGGGCUGUCAAUGGAAAUGGGGUCGGGGCUGGCAUCGUGCUAGUCAGUCCGGAAGGCCAUAAGCUGCAAAACUCCAUUCACUUCGACUUUAAAGCCACCAACAAUGACGCGGAGUAUGAAGCCCUAAUAGCGGGGCUGAAGCUAGCCUUGGAGAUGAGAGUAGAAAAUAUGAAUGUUUACAGUGAUUCUAUGUUGGUAGUCUGGCACAUCCGAGGAGGAUUCCAAGCUAGGGGUCCCCGUACUGAUCUCUACAUGCGAUAUGCCCAGGAACUGAUUGGGAAAUUCAGGGAAAUCAAGCUAGAGCAAAUACCAAGAUCUGAAAAUGCAGAUGCAGACGCCCUGGCCAAGUUAGGCUCUCAGAAGGAUGCACACAUGCUUGGGGUGAUCCCCCUCGAAAUCCAGUAUCAGCCUAGCAUCCCCAAGAUUGAAGUCCUGGAUGUUGAGGUCGAUGAGUCUAACCUUUGGACAACCCCAAUCCAGGAAUACAUAGCCAACGGAACCCUGCCGCAGACAAAGACGAGGCCAAAAAAUUAA